AUGGUAUCAAUCCCACAGACAGCUCCCUUCGGCACCUGGCGGUCUCCUGUUUCACCGGACGCAAUCCUACAGAGCGGCGCGAAAGUCUCAGAAUUGUUUGUAGACCCGAUUACAUCAACAAUUUACCACGUUGAGUCUCGUCCAUUGGAGGGGGGUCGUAGCGUAGUUGUCCGAACAGAAGAGGGGCGUGAUGUCGUAGGGAAGCAAUGGAAUGUCAGGACUGGCGUACACGAGUAUGGGGGCGCUUCUGCCUUUGCAUAUAAUGGAGUGCUAUAUUUCUCGAAUUUCACAGACAACAGGGUUUAUAUGCUGAAUGAUCAUGAAGAUCCGAAACCAAUCACUCCAGAAAACAAGAAUCACAGAUUUGCCAACUUUGAUGUGCAUCCAACACAAAAUCAUCUACUGGUAGCGAUAAUGGAAGAUCACACUAAACCACUUCCAUCCGAUAUUGUCAACACGCUCUGCGUGAUCAAUAGCAGGAGUGGAACCAUCUCCACCAUCGUGUCCGGUGCGGACUUCUAUGCGUUCCCUUCAUUUUCGCCAGACGGCACCCGACUCACAUGGCAGCAAUGGUAUCAUCCUGACAUGCCAUGGGAGGGCGCAGAGAUCUAUGUCGCAAAAUUUUCUGCGACCGAAACAGACAUUUCAAUCAGCGACACAGCCUACGUAGCCGGUGAGAAAGACAAGGUUAGCGCAUCUUCGCCUUGCUGGUCGUCCGACGAUCUUCUGUGCUUCACAAGCGACAUCUCAGGAUAUCAGAAUCCAUGGACGUACUCAUUAUUGUCCGGAGAAGCGUCCCCAGUCCUUCUAUCCCCUCUGGAGCAGGAUUUUGGCCUGCCUCUGGGUACCCUUGGCAUCAAAUACAGCGCGCCGAUAGAUAGCGGUGCACGCGCACUAUUCGUUGCACUGAAAAAUGACCGGAGCACAUUAUACAUCGUGAGUUUACAGGGCGGGACGUUGGAGGAAUUGGAAUGUCCGUAUGUCAAUGUGUGGGGGCUUGCGCGAAACACGUCAGACUCGGUCGCCUUCCUCGCGGAUAAGGUAGAUGAGCUGCCGAGCAUCGUUGUGUGUUUGCUAGAAGACUACGCUAUGCCGCGCUUCACAACUGUGCGGCGGGCCCCGACCAUUGCGCAGCUCUCAAAUGCAUUGAUCUCCGUCGGUCGUCCAUAUACGCUGAAGACAACCGGGGGCGAACCUCUUUUUGUACUCUACUGGCCUCCGCACAACCCUGAGUACAUUGGGCCUGGAAAUGAGAAGCCCCCCUGUGUCGUGAGUGCGCAUGGCGGUCCAACGGUACAUGCGUCGAUGGCCUUGGACUGGAUAAAGCAGUACUUUACCAGUCGGGGCUGGGCAUGGCUAGAGGUCAACUAUAGCGGUAGCAGUGGGUAUGGACGGAAAUAUAUAGAACGUCUCGUGGGGACAUGGGGCAUCGUGGAUGUUGACGAUUGCGUACAUGCGACGCGACAACUCUCCGCAGCUCCGAACUCGCUUAUCGAUCCCAAGCGAUGUAUCAUCCGUGGAGGCUCGUCAGGGGGAUAUACUGUCCUUGCGUCUCUCUGCUCGUACCCGAACGCGUUCGGCGCUGCAACGUCUCUAUAUGGGAUAGCAGAUUUACGAGAAUUGGCGAAAGACACGGAUAAGUUCGAGCUGCAUCGCAUGGAGAAACUGCUCGGCGGUACAGUGGAAGAAAUUCCGAAGGUGUACGAGGAGCGAUCACCGGUAUGUAACGCGGACAAGAUCACGACCCCUUUGCUGGUAUUGCAAGGCUCUAGAGAUCCUAUCGUUCCGCCUGCGCAAGCAGAAAUCAUAGUGAACGCUAUCAGAAACCGGGGCGGAAAAGUAGAAUAUACUGUGUAUGAAGGCGAAGGGCACGGGUGGAGAAAGGCGGACACGAUCAAGGAUGCGCUGCAGCGAGAGCUUGGCUUCUACGAAAAGGUUUUCAGGAUUGGCUAA